AUGACUUCCAAAGAAGAAGCCAAGGCUUCCUCGGUGGAGGAGAGAAGAAGGAGCCCCCUGGAUCAGCUGCCCCCUCCUGCCAAUUCCAACAAGCCUCUGACCCCCUUCAGCAUAGAGGACAUUCUGAACAAGCCGGCCGUCAGGCGAAGUUACACCAUCUGCGGGACAGCCCAUCUCCUCUCCAGCCCCGACAAGCACCCGCCAGCCGGCCUGCCUCUCUCCAGCCGGGCGCUCCUCUCCCAAACCUCCCCGCUCUGUGCCCUGGAGGAACUGGCCAGCAAAACCUUCAAAGGGCUGGAAGUCAGCGUCCUGCAGGCAGCUGAAGGAAGGGAUGGGAUGACUAUUUUUGGCCAGAGACAAACUCCCAAGAAAAGGAGGAAGUCUAGAACCGCCUUUACAAACCACCAGAUCUACGAACUGGAAAAGAGGUUUUUGUAUCAGAAAUACCUCUCCCCAGCCGACCGAGACCAAAUCGCCCAGCAGCUGGGGCUGACCAACGCCCAGGUGAUCACCUGGUUUCAGAACCGCAGAGCCAAACUCAAAAGAGACCUGGAGGAGAUGAAAGCAGAUGUGGAAUCUGCCAAGAAACUGGGGCCCAACGCCCAGGUGGAUAUUGUUAGCAUUUCAGAGCUGGAGCAGAAUUCAGAAGGGAGGGGAAAAUCGCGUUCCCUUUCUCCAACUCUACCCAAACAUGGACUGGAGACCGCCAGCCACCUUCAGCUGUCUCCUGAAUCCCCUCUCACAGACCAGCCCAACAGCAGUAAGGAGUGCUCAGAGGAUGAAGAUGAUGUGGAAAUUGACGUUGAUGACUGAAUUUUUGUGGUGGUGAUGGUGGUGGUGGGUAUAUUUCCCCCCCCCCACACACACACACACCUUUUUUUUCUCUUUUUUUCUUCUUCUUCUUCUUCUUCUUCUUCUUCUUCUUCUUCUCCAAAACAAAAACAAACCCAUAUAUUGACAGCCACACAUCCCCACACUCAAGGGGUGGACCUGUGAAACUCUGAGCAAAUAUGAACUCUGGUGACAGACACUCAGCGUUGUUUGCAACGAAAUCAGGCAGUUUCUUUUCAAUAAAAGCAAUAAGCAAUAGGAAAAAAUAAUAAUUUAAAAUAGAGUCAAUAUCCCAUGCCUGUCACAUCAGGUAGUUUUCAUCUUUGGAAUGGUGCAAUUAUGGAUGGCUUCUAUAUAAAUAUUUAAACAUAUAUAUUGGAUUUUCUUUCUUUUUUUGAGGGUAUGAUUUAAAAAAAAACUAUAUCAAUUGGUUUCGUUUAUAAAGGAAAGCAUAACCUUGCAAUAUAUACACCACUUCAAACAGAUGUUUUGUUAGGCAGUUAUUUUAAACGACUUCCAAAAAUGAACCAGUUUAUAGGAGAUUUAAGUUAGGCUAAAAUUAGCCAUUUUUUUCCUUUCCUUGCAUGUUUCAAAUGUGCACGAAAUAAUUAUUUUUCUUUUUUACAAAAAACAUUCUUUUAAAAUCUUGGGAACUAGGGGAUGGGUAAUGCUGUCAGUUUAAAAUAUGUACCACCCCCACCCCACCGCGCCCUCAGAGCAUAGAUAUUUGUAUCCAAUGCAAUUUCUGCCUCAUUUUACCAAGUAAAAGCUAUUUUUACCAUUUUCUGCUAUUGUUGUGCUUUUAUUAAAAAGCUACCUUUCGUAUUUUUAUAUGAAGGUGGUUACAAAAAGAAAAUCCUAGAAUUAUUUUUUACUCUUUUUAGAAUUUUUGCAUGCUACAAAAAUAAAAAGGACAA